AUGAUAAUAGCAAAACAGUACCGUUGCAUUCACUCAGCGACAUGUCAUUGCACAAAAGGACAUGUUAGUGAAGAAGUAUUGUUCCUUAUGGUUCAGCAUCUGAACUGGAACCCUAACGUAAUCGCAACUCUGUCCUGCGUUUGUAAAUGGUUUGAUGAUCUUGCUAAGAGGAUACUAUGGAAAGAGUUCUGCAGAGCCAGAGCGCCAAAGAUGAUGUGUGAUCUUCAGUCCAGUGGUAGCCACAGUGUUGAUGGUAGUUGGAGAGCACUUGGGAAGCUUUUGAUCUACUGUUCUGGUUCGAGUAAAGGCGGACUCUUUAACGAUGUUCAAAUCCCGGGCCAUUUUGUUCACAGAACUCGGUUCUCAAGAACAUCAGGAAGAAGCUUCCUUCCUCCACAAUGUAGAACUGAUGACAUUCUGUAUGUUUCUGAUCCUUGUGAGCAUUUGGAUAAAGGAGGAGAAGAUGGCGAUUUAGGAUUCUUCCGAGGGAUUUUUAAGUCGUUUUCGAUGUCGAAGGUGAGGAAGUUGCUGAUCAAGAAAGGGACUUCGUUUCAUCCAACAGAGGUUUGUCCUUAUUGCAAAGCGAAGCUGUGGAGUAUGCUUCAGGCGAGAAUGAUACCACCGAGUGCUAGCUGUAGGCUGGGAGCUUAUGAAGAUAGCAUUGAGUAUUACGUUUGCCUCAAUGGACAUAUGCUUGGAGUUUGCACACUCUUGCCGUUAUCUGACUCUGAUGGAGCAUCCGAGUUUCAGUGA